UAUUUUUAAUUUUCAAGGCAAGUCUGAAAAACCCAUCUUGCAAUAAUAUACAAAACACCUAAAGACACUGACAUUUCAGUUGUAAAUCUCCGCCGCAGCGGCUGAGCUACGAUCGGAGAUGAGCGGCCCUGUUCUUGAUUAGCAUUCCGGGGGUUGUUACAAUUCCCUUCUGCACUUCUCUAUCCCUUUGCUUCCGAGUCCCCAGAAACAAUGCCUCUGAACUCAGCCUCCCCUUACGGCGCCUUGCCCUCCGCGAAGCCGCAGCUAGUCUCCCGGGCUCGAUCCCUGUACGCCGCCCGCCGUCCGUGGCGGCUGUUCUUCGACAUCUCUGCUUUCUCGCUUCCCUUCAGCUACGCCGAGGCAAUGUCACGAAUCCGCCAAAACUUCAACCAUUUCCGCGUCAAUUACGCUCUCAUCGUGCUCACCAUCCUCUUCUGCAGCCUCGUUUACCACCCCAUCUCCAUGAUUGUUUUCCUGGUCGUUUCUAUCGCCUGGAUUUCCCUCUACUUCAGCCGCGAGGACCCACUUCUCCUUUUUGGGAGAAUCGUCGAUGACCGUGUUGUUUUGCUGGUCUUGAGCUUGGUUACUGUGGUAGCAUUGGUGUUUACUCACGUUGGAUUGAAUGUCCUUGUGGCAUUGAUUGUUGGGGUAGUUCUGAUUGGUGUUCACGCUGCGUUUAGGGGUACAGAGGAUUUGUUCUUGGACGAGAGUGAGGCGGCCGAAGGCGGGUUGCUCUCGGUUGUGCGUUGAGAAUUGGAUCUUUGGGUUUGUGUUUCUAGAUCUGGAGUGGGAUUAAGUCCAUUGUGAUGCUAAUCUAUGUGUGAAUUUUAGGUAUAAUUCAACAAUUCUUUUGAAAUUUGAGGUACUUUCCCCUUUUGAAAUUUAUGAAUUUAGUAAACUGGCAUUGACUUUGAAGGUUUUGUUGUGGGUUUAUUGUAAGUUCAAAAAGAUCUAAACUUUUCUUCCGAGUUUGCUAAAAAAUGAUGAGUCAUCGCAGUUCCGAUGGUAAAAAGGGGAAUGCAUUUGUUUAUCCUUAGUAAAAUGAUUGGAUCUUCUGAUAACCUUAUGUGAAGUCUGUCGUGAAGAUUACUGCAGUGUUUGGGAAGAUCAGAGCGGAUUAUAUAGGAGAAUGCUUGCUGUCGAACUUGGAAGGUGUAUUUGUUGUAUUUCUUCUUUGAUUCUUCUAUCCAACGGACAAGUUCGUUUACACUGAUUUGCAGAAAAUGUUAUAGUGCUUUUUGUUUAAUUGGGGCCAACUUAAGUUGUGUUAAGAUCCCAUGUUGUUUGAUGUAUGGUGCUUGUUACCUGAUUGUCACGAACUUGGUGGUUUUUGUAGUAAUUCUUGGCUUGAUUGGACUUAUUGUUAUGCCGAUUUGCUGACAUUGGUUUUCCAGAA